AUGGCGGGGGCCCGGGAGGAAGCCGGCGACAGCAGGCUGGUGGCAGGCCGGGAGCCGCCGCCGCGCAUCAUCACAGUAACAGCGAAGACACCACAGGAGCGCCAGGAGUUCGCCCUGGCAGAAAACUGCAGUGUUAGGGAGUUCAAAGAGAAAAUCUCGAAGCGUCUUAACUGUGAUGUGAACCGUUUGGUGCUCAUCUUCACAGGGAAGAUCCUUCGAGACCCAGACACACUAAACCAGAGGGGAGUCCUUGAUGGCACCACUGUCCAUCUGGUGGUACGGAACCGCUUCCCUGGAUUCACCCGCUCAUGCCAUCCGACUGCCACACCUGCCACCUCAAAUCAACCUCUCUCAGGGAGCAACAGCCCCGGGGCUUCACCCAGCACUGGGGCUGCUGGGCUGCUGGCCAGGCUGGGCCGCAUAGCGCGGAGCUCCCCGGAUCUGGCAGACUUCCUUGGCCAUCUGGUUCAGCUGCUCAUGGCCGUCCCUGAAGCUGUGGUGCAAUUCCUGGAUGAUCCCUCCAUACAAGGGCUGCUGGGUGAAACUCCAUCCAGCACCAAUCCUUCUCCUGGCACUGGACCUGGGCGACUGAUGGCUCAGCCACAGACUGUUCCACCAGCCCACGCUGCUGAGACAGUGCCGGAAGGCCUGAGGAGCCCUACUCUGCUGAGGGAAUUGCUGAUGCUAAGAGCAGAUGAGAGAGGCCUAGGGGCUUUGAAGGCUGUUCCUGGGGGUGACAAUGCCCUGCGACAGGUCUAUGCUGAUAUCCAACAGCUGAUGCUCACAGUCCCUGCCUCAUCACCCCGGUCCAAGGCCCCAGCUUCCUUGUCUGGUCCUUCUAGUUCUUCUCCCUCAUCUGGGCCUCUCAAGCUGGGAAAUGCAUGGUCUGGGACCCAGGGCCGAGUUCUGGGAACCUCAACACAGGGUACUUCAGCCUAUAAUUCUACCAUGCCCAAUCUGUGCAUGGGUUUGGGACCUGGCACACAGGAUGUGUCCCCUGCUCUGGGCAAAGGUUCCCUGCCAGGCUCAUCCACACCCUCUGCCUCUGCCCUGCGGAAUGCCCUGAAUGUACUGCAUCAGAACCCAGCCCUUCUGCACCAGCUUACUACUGGCAGCCCUCUGAGACCCCGUCUACCUCUGUUACCUAUCCUCACGAAUCCACGAGCACUACAGGCUUGGCUACAGAUUGAACAGGGUCUGCAGACGCUCUCCAUGGAGAUUCCAGGACUGGGACCCUGCCUGCGGGGUUCUGGAAGGCCCCGUGGGGACCACGGGGUAGGUAUGACUGGUGGGUCAAACUCCCGAGUGUCCUCCCAGCAACCCACACUAGCUGUGCUGCAGCUUCUCCAGGCCUUGGCUCACGCGAGCCCCAAUACCCUUCAGACCCCACCACCACCACCACUGCCACCACCCCCUACGGAGGGCCGCUUUCAGCAGGAGCUGGACCAACUGAAGGCAAUGGGCUUCUCCAACCGUGAUGCCAACCUGCAAGCGCUGAUAGCUACUGACGGAGACAUCCAUGCUGCUAUUGAGAGGCUAUUGGGGGCCCCCCAGGCCUAG